UGGAAUAUUGAUGUUAUAAAAGAUGGUCAGUUUGCAAAAGAUUUAAAAAGUACACUGCAAAAUUAUAAUUUUACAAUGCACAUAAGUUCCCCCACCAGGAUAAAUGCAUGCAUUGAUCAGAUAGCCAGUAACGUAGAUAAAGUUAAAGCAUAUACACAUCAGCUAUGCUUAUCUGAUCAUGACAUGGCUCAGACAAUUACUUUUAGUGUUAAACGAAAAAAUAAAUGUCUGACUUGGUUUGAUUACAAAAGAGAUUUUAAUAAAGGUAAUAUUGCCAAAUUCAUACAGUGUAUCUCAGCGCUAUCGUUCUCUGAGGUACUGUUCUCAAGCGAUCUUACGGAAGCAUUUACAUUGUUUUAUGAAUUAGUGUGCUUAUUUCAUGACCUAUGCUUCCCGGUCAUAAAGGUCAAGAUGAAUAAUCGAUAUAAGAAAUCAAAAUGGUUAACAAAAGGAAUACGUAAGUCCUGUUAUAUAAAGCGAAAAUUGUACUUAAGAUAUAAAUUACUAAAAACAAACAAAUCAUACAAUAGGACUCAAUUCAAAAAUUAUAACAAUGUACUAAAAAAAUGCAUUAUUAAAUCACAAAAAAUCAAUAACAUCAAUUAUAUAUCAAGCAAUAAAAAUAAAUGUAAGGCGACAUGGGACAUAAUAUCUGCUAAUUUAUCAAGUGCAAAUAGUUAUAACGAGAUUGAUUCUUUGAAUUUUAAUAAUGCGACAUUUAAUAACCCAAAAGAUAUUUGUAAUUUAAUGAAUGAUUAUUUUAUUAACAUCACCGUAUCGAAAUCUAAUGUAAAUAGCAAUAAUGUAAGGAAUGUAACAAAUACUAUUGAUAAUUAUUCUUCUUCAAUAUUCUUAAGACCUGUUGAUGCCAAAGAAGUUUUUAAAAUCAUAAUGUCACUUAAAAAUAGUAGGAGCUCUGGAUAUGAUGAUAUUACAACAUAUAUUCUUAAGUUGAUUGCCCCAUGGAUAUGUCAGCCUAUAGCUCAUAUUAUAAACCUUUCGUUUGAUCAAGCGGUUUUUCCCGAGCAGUUGAAGCUGUCCGUGGUGAAGCCCUUAUUUAAAAAAGGAGACCGUAAGGAUCCCAAUAACUAUAGGCCCAUAACAAUUGUUCCAGUUAUUUCCAAAAUAAUUGAGAAAGCAAUGUGUGAAAGGUUAACGGGAUUUUUAGAAAAAAACGGUCUAUUGCAGGCAGAACAAUAUGGCUUUAGAAGAGGACAUUCAACUGAAUUGGCUUGCUUUGAUUUAGUUAAAUAUGUAUCUGAAAGCCUGAACAGCAAAAUACCAAUAUUGUCAAUAUUUUUAGACUUAAGUAAGGCCUUGAAUGCUAUGGGAUUAGAGGAGUUGCACUUGAUUGGAUAAAAAGCUACUUGUCACAAAGAAAACAAUGUACUGAAGUAGUAAAAAUAGAAAAAGUAGGUAAGAGUUUUGUUAAAGCCAAAUAUCGUUCAGAUUUUCGUGAGGUACAACUAGGUGUUCCUCAAGGGAGCAACUUAGGUCCCCUAUUGUUUUUAGUAUACAUCAAUGAUCUACCACGGGCAAUCUCGCAUAAGUGUAUACUAUUUGCAGAUGACACAACUUUAUUAAUAAGGGGUGAGAAAGUUGAUACAUACGAGACUAUCGUAAAUAAUGCAUUGGUUGACAUUAACAAUUGGACAUGUAAAAAUAAUUUAAAUAUCAA